AUGCACCGCGACGCGCUUGACGUACAGGCACGUCAGAGUGACAGGAGCCUCCGAGCUGUCCCUUGGCUAGAUAUUAAUGAGCCCUCUCGCGGCCUCCCGCAGCUGGUUAAUAUCGGCGGCGUCCAACGCCAACUCGGCUCUGCUGCUGAGGAUUGGGGAAACACCGAGGAGGAACACGGUGACAGCCCGGCCGUCUGCCAGGGACUGGAGAUCUUCCAAUGCGGAGCCGCUUCCUCUUCUUCAUCUUCCUCCUCCUCUGUGGAGGAACUGAGUGCGGAGCCGCCGCCUGCCCGGGCUGUCACUGUCCCUGCCCGGCCUCUGCACGACGUCCAGACCCCCGGAUCUCUGUACGUACAACUACAUGGGGAGAGCAGCCGCAGACUGGAGCCGCAUGAGAGACCCCUCCAUGUCCAGAACGAUUACCUCUUCCAGCUGGGCUUCCGGGAUCUGUGCCGGGUACAGGAGGAGGGCAUGGAGCCCGAGAUCGGCUGCCUCAUCCGCUUCUAUGCAGGAAAGCCUAAUGGAACUGGCACUUCGGAUCGGACCCAGCUUUCUGGGAUGUACAACGUUCGAAAGGGGAAGAUGCAGUUACCUGUAAACAGGUGGACAAGGCGGCAAGUUAUCUUGUGUGGGACUUGUCUGAUUGUGUCAUCAGUGAAGGAAAGCCAGGCUGGAAAAAUGCAUGUUCUCCCUUUGAUAGGAGGAAAGGUUGAAGAAGUUAAGAAACAUCAACACUGUUUGGCUUUCAGUUCGUCAGGACCCCAGAGUCCAACAUACUAUGUCUGUUUUGAUACAUUCACAGACUACUUAAGGUGGCUGCGACAAGCCUCAAAGAUUGCUUCCCAAAGGAUCAGUUCUGUGGACUUGUCGUGUUGUAGUUUGGAGCACCUUCCUGAAAACCUGUUCUACAGUCAAGAUCUUACCCACCUGAACCUGAAGCAGAAUGUUCUCCGACUUAGUCCUUGCUCUUCUGCUGAGGGAACCCUUGAUGACCUUCAAAGAUUCACAAAGUUGAAGAGCCUCAACCUGUCCAAUAAUAAUUUAGGAGAGUUUCCGCUUGCAGUCUGCGGUAUCCCUACAUUGAUGGAGCUAAACCUUUCGUGCAAUGCUCUUCGUGCGAUACCCCCUGGAGUUGGAGACAUGCAUAGCUUGCAGACAUUCCUUCUGGAUGGCAACUUCCUCCAAACACUGCCUUCAGAACUGGGGAAAAUGAGCCUGCUCAGCUAUCUGGGCCUGUCCUUCAAUGAAUUCACCGAAGUCCCUGAGGUACUGGAGAAAAUUCAAGCCAUGGACAAACUUUGCAUGUCUGGGAAUUCUCUGCAAGUGUUACAGCUCAAGACCCUGAGACGGCUUCCUCAUAUCAAACAUGUGGAUUUAAGGCUCAAUGCACUCCAAAGUUUGGAGGCAGAAGAUGUAGACUUCCUGCUGCAUAUCACCCAGUUGGAUCUGAGAGAUAACAACAUGACAGAGCUUGAUGUGACCACUUUAAGUAACUUGGAGGUCUUGCACUGUGAAAGAAACCACUUGACAUCACUUAAAAUCAGCGGCUACUAUUUGAAGGCUCUUUAUGCUUCAUCCAAUGAACUCACCCACUUGGACGUGUAUCCGGACCCUUGUAAUCUGGCCCUUAUGGAUGUUUCCAGGAAUUGCAUAGAAUGCCUGCCUGAGUGGAUUAGUGAGAGCAAAAACCUGGAGGUGCUGGAUGUCAGUCAUAAUCGCCUGACUGCACUUCCUGCAAGGCUUUUUUGUGCCAACGGGCUGCGGAAGUUUCUUGCAGGGUAUAAUCGGCUUCCCCGACUUCCCGAAUGUAUUGAGCGCACUCAGCUUGAGAUACUAGAUGUUCAGCAUAACCAGCUUCUGGAACUUCCAGCCAACCUGCUUAUGAAAUCAGACAACUUAAGAUGCUUAAACGUAUCCGCCAAUAAUUUGGAAAUGCUUCCAGCAGCGUGUCAGUCUGAAGAGACACCGAGCUCAUUGCAAGAGCUUUAUGUGACCAAUAAUAACCUGACUGACAAGUGUGUGUCCUUGCUAACUGGACAUCCCCAUCUGAAGAUUCUGCACAUGGCCUUCAAUCACCUACAGACCUUUCCAGCCAGCAAAAUGGCCAAACUGGAAGAGCUGGAAGAGAUAGAUAUCAGUGGAAACAAACUGAAAGCCAUACCAACCACCAUCAUGAACUGCAGACGUAUGCACACAGUCAUCGCCCACUCCAACUGCAUAGAAGUCUUCCCUGAAGUUAUGCAGCUCGCAGAGAUCAAGUGUGUGGACUUGAGUUGCAACGAACUGAGUGAAAUCACAUUGCCUGAAACUCUCCCUCCCAAGCUACAAGAACUGGACUUGACUGGCAAUGCAAGGCUGCUGUUGGAUCAUAAAACCCUGGAGCUGCUUAACAGUAACAUUCGAUGUUUCAAAGUGGAUCAGCCUACAUGUGGAUUUUCUGCCAAUGAAGCAUCUGGAGCCCCUGCUGUUUGGAGCCACGGAUACACAGAGGCCUCAGGAGUCAAGAACAAGUUAUGUGUUGCCUCCCUUUUGGUUAACAACUUCUGUGAUAACCGAGAAGCAGUGUAUGGUGUGUUUGAUGGAGAGCGUAAUGUAGAGGUGCCUAGCUUACUACAGUGUACGAUGUGUGACAUACUGGCAGAUGAGCUUCAGAAGACCAAGAGUGAAGAGGAAUAUAUGGGAAACACCUUUCUCGUCAUGCAAAGGAAGCUGGGAACUGCUGGGCAGAAAUUGGGAGGCUCUGCUGUUCUUUGCCACAUAAAACAUGACGCCAUGGAUCCAACCAGUUGCUUCACACUGACCUCUGCCAAUGUGGGCAAAUGCCAAACUGUGCUCUGCAGAAGCGGGAAGCCCUUUAACCUUUCCAAGUGUUACACUGUUAGCUGUGAGGAGGAGCUGAAGCGAGUGAAACAGCACAAGGCAAUUAUUACAGAGGAUGGUAAAGUAAACGGAGUGACUGACUGUACACGUAUUUUGGGAUACACAUUUCUCCAUCCUAGUGUUACUCCAAGGCCUCAUGUUCAGUCGGUUGCACUAACACCUCAAGAUGAAUUCUUCAUUCUUGGAAGCAAGGGAUUAUGGGAUAGCAUCUCCGAGGAAGAAGCUGUUGAGGCCAUCAGAAAUGUGCCAGAUGCAUUGGCGUCUUCCAAGAAGUUGUGCAGCUUGGCCCAGAGUUAUGGCUGCAGCGGGAGCAUAUGUGCGGUAGUUGUUCAGCUGAAUGUUGCAGAAGACUGCUUCUGCUGUUGUGAACUGAAUGGUGGCAUUCCCCCACCCAGCCCAGGGAUCUUCACACCUUCUGUCAAUGUUAUUAAGGACCGUGCCCAAGACAGCUUAGGCAUGCCAUCUUCGAGCAGUGGCCUGGCUUCAGAAAUCAGCAGUGAGAUUUCCACCUCUGAGAUGAGUAGUGAAGUUGGGUCCACAGCCUCUGAUGAACCUCCUGCAGUUUCCCUUCAUGAGAAUGGCGUUGGCCCUGCAGGAUGCCUGAGUGAACAACGCUGUACAUUGCAUCCCGUUUGUCUUUCUAGCUCUUUUCAACGACAGCUGUCCAGUGCCACUUUCUCCAGUGCCUUUUCGGACAAUGGUCUCGACAGUGAGGAUGAGGAACCUAUUGAAGGUGUUUUUUCCAAUGGAAGCCGGGUGGAGGUGGAAGUGGACAUUCAUUGCUUGCGGUUUAGGAAUGGUGGGCAACCUGCAACGACCACUGUCUUGGAGCCCACUGAUGAGGGCAUUGUUGUAAGCGCCAAUGAGGAUGACUUGGGAGGCUUGGCAAGGAGGCAGGACUUUAACUCCAACACUCUUGGUCGCCAGAGGAAAGGCAAUGGCUCAGUGGCACCUUCCGAGAAAAUUCAUAGUCUGAUUGAGGUUGCUGCAGAUGCACCUUCACGAAAAACAGGAGGAUAUUUUGCCGCACCAGCGCAGCCAGAUCCUGAUGAUCAGUUUAUUAUACCGCCUGAACUUGAGGAGGAAGUAAAGGAGAUUAUGAAGCAACAUCAGGAGCAGCAGCAACAACAGCUGCAACUUCAGCAGCAUAGACAGUAUCAAAUGGACCAGUUACCAGACUACUAUGAUACACCACUAUGACACUUUCAUUCCCGAGUGACUCCAUUUUAUCUGAACUUUUGAGCUUCCUCCACUCUUCCAGUUAUGAGGACAGCAGAUUUUAGGUACUUCUUUUUUUUCUUUAAGCAUCUGCUCAUCUUCCUUUUUCGAUCAUGUACUCUCCUCAUUUUCCACAACUUUCCUGUACUACUUCGUGACUUCCAUCCUUCUUUUUAAACUAACCACCAGCUUUCUUCUACAGAUGCUUUAACAGCCAACUUUUUAAUCACUGUUUUCCAUAACAUAUCAUGUUUAAGGAAAUGUAAAGUUUGAAGAGAGGUUUUGAUGAAAAAAAAAGAAUUUAAUAUAUUACAGAGAUACAAAAUAAUACAGAUUUGUAAUAUUUUUUAAGAAACGGAAAUA